AUGAUCCUAAAAAAGCUUUUGGUAUUCACUAUACUGCUGAUUCUUGUCGAUUCCGGCGCCAUCUGGGAUUCGAAUGAUCGCGUCUGGAAAACUAUCGGCGAAACUCGAGGAUUACCUACCCCGGCAGGAAAUUGCAUCCCACCGCAGCCCCCCAACUAUCCGACUGCGGGUCUUUGGACAUAUGAACGACAAUACCAACUAAGACAGGGACCGGGCGAUUACAUGAGUGGAUAUACUACUCUAAUGGAUUGCUUCAAUGCCUGCUUUAACAAUAAAAGUUGCUUAACGAUGUGGUUCGCCGGCUACAAUCGUAGCUGCACGCACUGGCCCUACACCGACGUUUGGGUAAACUAUAACCAGACGGUGCAGCGGGGAGAAUACGUCUACGCUAAGCGCUAUAGCCCGUUUAUUUACGACCCUAAGUUAUAUACGGUUGUAAAUCCAUUGGUUUCGAUACGACAGGUCUUUAUUGGGAAUCUAUUCCAGAUCAAAUAUAAUUCCUCUUCUGCGGCAGAUGGGGCAAUUGCAUUAUGCGUCGCUUGGCGCCCAGCGCUAAAAUGCAGCCUCCAACCUUAUCAGCUAGGGCUAGGCCUGCUGGAGCCGUACGUUAAUAGAGGUCGAGCAUUUUUUCUAUCUACUGAGAAAACUAGCGAAUGUGGUUCAUUCAUGGAUAUCUACAAGAAAAGUGCUGGAAACGGAAUCUAUUAUUAUUCCAAUGCAAACCAAACAACCGGAUGGACAAAAGUAGAUGGUAUUUAUUCAUGGGAUACCGCGCUUUGU